AUGGGGGACGAGUCGGGUCCACACCUCUCGAUAGCGGCCGGGAUCACAGUCGGACUCGUCUCGAGCUUCGUCCAGUCGCUCGGCCUGACUGUCCAGCGACUAAGUCACCUCUCGAACGAGAAGCUUCCGGCCGACGAGCGGAAACGGGAUUGGCAGCGACCGUUGUGGCUUUCCGGGUUCGCCGUCUUCAUCGUCUCGAAUGUUUUCGGCACGCUCUUCCAGCUCGGAGCCUUGCCCAUCGUCGUCCUCGGACCUUUAGGAGCCGUCUCACUCCUUUGGAACGCCUUCUUCGCCCGAAUCAUCCUUGGCGACCACUUCUCAGCGCAGCUAGUCGCGGGCUCACUACUCAUCGCUGGCGGCGCUACCCUCAUCGGCAUCUUUGGAGUUGUGCCGGAGCCGACUCUCUCCCUCCCACGCCUCAUCGCCCUGUACACUCGCCCUGCCUUCCUUCUCUUCCUCCUCUUCCUCGCCCUCGGCCUCCUUUUCACCCUUUCCGUCGCCCAUCUCGCCGAAUGGCGCCUCAACAAGCGCCUCGAGAACCUGCACCCCCCGCCUGGAACGCCGAAGACGCCUCGAGCGGUCAGCAGGGCGGUCAGGAAGCGAAGAUGGAGCGUGCCCCCCUUAGGCGCGGCUAAAUCUACACCGCAGCUUGCCUCGGGCGAACGGCAACCUCUACUUCCGAAACACGCUGCACAAGCGACCGCCGUAUCGCCUGAACGCGCGACGAAGCCGCGACCACCUUCAUUGCGCUUCGACGACCCGAAGCUGGGCUUAAUCAGCCUCGAAGAGACGAUGCAGAGAAUCGAGCGAACGCGGGUAUGGCUCGCAACGGCGUAUGGCGCCACCUCCGGUACUUUGGCAGGUCUGUGCUUGCUUUUCACCAAAACGGGAGUAGAUCUGGUCAUCUUGACGAUCCAAGGGAAGAACCAGUUCAAUCGCAUUGAAGCAUGGCUCAUUCUUGCCAUGCUUCUCAUCUGCGAGCUGUUGCAGCUCGCCUACCUCAAUCGCGCGCUCCGCCUCUCCGGCCCAACCUUUGUCUGCCCCCUCUCCUUCUGCUUCUACAACACCGCCUCGAUUGUCUCCGGCAUAAUCUACUACCGCCAAGCCGACGCACUGUCUCGCUUGCAGGGAGGGAUGGUCGGGCUUGGUUGUACCGUCCUGUUGGCGGGAGUCUGGGUGGUUAGCCUCAGAUCGGGAGCGUCGAAGGGUGAGGAGAAGGUUGAUACGGGAGAAGGUUGGACAGACGAGCCGGAAGAUUUGGCGAUGGAAGGUGUCGAAGACUUGACAGAUCAGGAAGAGCCAGUUACCUGGCGUCCUCGCGGCUUCUCGAUUGGUCUCUCCGCCGCCUCUCCCGGCUUCGAGAUCCGCCCUCGACCCGCUCGCGCACACACAGCUGCUCUUCCCACCUCUUCCCCCUUCAGCACAUCAUCCGAAGACCCGCUCGCACGUUCGACGGCGUCUCUUCUGCCCAACAUGCCGCGCAGGACGAGGCCUGCUCGAGGACACCGACGAAGCGAGUCGCUGAGCGGGGCGCUCUAUGUCGGCGAGGCAGAUGAGGACAUUUGGCGUUCGGCUGUGGCUGCAGAGGCCCCGACGGGAGAUGGCCUAGGCAUACAGGGUGCGGCUACGGAGCGCAGCGGGGCGGAGACGGCGAGAACGAGGGAGAAGUGGGUCGCGCGGUGGCGGCGGCGGCUCCGGAUGUCUGUAGAAUCGUAG